AUGGCGCCUCCCUCGAGCUCGGGCAAGCGUCGCGCAGCAGACGGGGCAGAGAUGCCUGCGUCUAAGAAAAAGUCUAGUGUUUCCCAGGAACAGGUGCAGAUGGUCGUGGAAGAGGGUGCAGGCAUUGGACCAGCCCUGGUGUCGCUAUCGGACUUUUGCCCGGAUAAGAGCACACGCUUUUCAAUGUUUGGUGCACCAAGCGACUCUGUCGAUGACAGUAAUGAUGAAGAUGCACUAGCGUCCAUGAACGACCGCCUCCUUCUCGCGGCCGAUACGGGUGUCAUGCAAUAUACCAGCAGCAACUGGGGCUGGGGCGCCUCGGCCCAGGCGCCGCCUGAGCUGCGUCGUGAGACGCGCGGAUAUUCAGGAGAUUAUCUGCUGGGAGUGUAUGACCCUGCCACAAAGAGCGUGACCCUGCGCAAAGUCCCUAUGUUCACGCUGAACCGCUCUGUGAAGGCCUUGACGAACCUCAGCUCGAUGGCGACCGAUCGCGGGCGUGAUGAAGGCUUUGACUACACCAAGGCACGUCGCGACCUAGGCGAGGCUUUCGGUAACAAGAAGCAGAAGCAGGCGGCUCGCAACAUGGACCGCAUGAAGGUCAACACGGAACAUAUGGACAAUAUCCUGGAGCAUGUGGCCCUGGGCAUCGAUGAAUCGUCUGCAUCACUGCCCUCAGAGGUAGAGCUUAACGCGGCGUUGAACGCCAGUCGCGCGCUCCCCAAGGCCAACCUGGAGGCAAGCGAGCCCGCUGAGGUGUACCCGGUGGAUUCGCUGGUGCCCCCUACGCUGCUGAAGGCGCUACAGACGCGCUUCCUGCUCAAGUGUACUUCAUCGUCGGAGCUCGGCAAGGCCAUGCGAGUUUUGUCGCUGCCGUCGCCGUGGCUCCUGCCUCUUCUAUGGCAACAUGUGCAGACGGCGCAAAAUGACGCUGGAUCCACGUCCAAAGCCAUGGAACUAGUCCGCCUGGGCUAUGUGGUGGCCAUCCUAUUGACGUUCCGCAAACACACUCGGCUGCUAAACAAGGGCGAUGAUGGAGCGACGCUUCUGUCGCAGAAGAUGCGCCUGCCUGAAAAUGAAAAGGACAUGGUUAUGGAAUACCUUUUGUCACAGUUUGCCGAACAAUCGCGCGGAUCGCAAAGGUACGUCCCCGGCGCUGACAACAGCUCCACCGUCACUUCCACGGGCGAGACCCGCUUGUUGGCCACUAUCGUGGUGCUUGCUUUGCACCUGGAUAACUUUAGCGUGGCACCCCAGCGCAUUGCUCAGGAGCUGAGUGUGACAACACAGAGAGUGAAUGAGAUUUGCAAGUCGCUCGGCUGCUCCAGCUCGCAGUCGACCCAGCAUGGGGUCGGUGAAGAGGGAGUUGUGACUCAUCAGGAACGCCGCUGGCGCUUGCGCCUCCCACUUUCGUUCCCGAAUCAACGGAAGCGCGCACCGGCUCGUCGUUAG